GUCUGGCCUGUCCAGGGCGCAGCUCUCCGAGGUGAACGCGCUGCUGGAGGCGGCCGAGGUGGCGGCCGCGGCGAGCGGCGCGGCCACUCCCGCGAAGGACCCCCCCGCGUCGGCGGCGGAGGAGCCGCCCACGGCCGAGAAGCAGCCCCAGCCGCCCGAGGAUCCGGCGCCCAAGAAGAAGGCGAAGAAACCCAAGAAGUUGCACGACGACCCUCAUGGUGGGCCACAGGAGCUCGCGGGCCCCGCCAAAAAGAAGGCCAAGGCGAAGGGGGCUUGCGCGAAGCCUGCGGCGGGGCCCGUCGCCGAUCCUGCCGCGCCCGCCGCCGAGGCGGGGCCGGGUGCCCCGCCGCUCGCCGGCGCCCCGGGCGCGCCCGGCGGCGGCGGCGGCGGCGCGCGGCACCUGGCGGGGCUCGUGCCGGCGGCGGCGUACGUGCCGAUCAAGGAUUUUGCCCGCAGCGUCAAGCCCGCUGGCACGGCCAGGGAAGUCUUCGAGCAUGAGGUCGUGCCUGUCUUCGGGCUGAAGCUCGGGCCCUGGCUGUCCGAGGAGGCACAGAAGGUGGCGUCGAGCAUCCUGAAUGCCGGCAACGGCGGAGGCCUCACGCCUCAGAUGGUUUAUUCGGUGGUACUCUAUCACAUCCUCCUCCGUCGGUCGGUGGUGGCAGUCUGUAGGACAAUUUCUACAGCGCCCUGA